AUGGAGCAUUAUUGGGAUGUGCCUAGUGAUGAAACCAUGCUAGCAACGCUUUUGGAUUCUCGAUGUAAAGCUUUUUUUUUUAUGUUGAGAUCUCUAAAAAAAAGAAUAGUUGAAUUGCUUAAAGCUGAAUACGAAGAAGUACAGAUUUUAUAUCGAACAGAAGAAAAGAAAAACAAUCUACAAACCAAUCCGAACACUUUAUUGGCCUCAAUAUUUCAGAAUAGAAGCCUGCAAUUGGAGGUUUCAGAUUAUUUUGGAUUAGCUCAAAAAUACUUGGCCAUUCCAGCAACAUCAACUGCAAGCAAAAGACUUUUUAGCGAUACUGGAAAUAUAAUAAUAGCAAAAAGAACAUCACUUUUACCUACAACUUUCGAGCAUUUA